CCCAAUCCCUUGUCCUGUCCUCGAACCGUCCGCCGCCGCGUUCAACAUGGGCGACCCGCCGACGCUCAAGAGGCCCAAGCUCGAGAAGGCCGACGACGACUCCACCUACUGCCCCCGCCCGUCCUCCAAUGGCGCCGCGCCCGUACGCACACCAGGCGCCACCGCCGCCAUAGGGGCGGCGCCGGGUGACGACGUGGAGGAGGAGGAUGACAUCGCGGAGGAGGCGGUCAUCGCCCUGAUCGCGCACCGCGAGCGCGACGUCGAGCGCUGCAAGCUCAAGUUGCUCCACUACCAGUCUCUCCUGGACACCGCGGAGAUGAAGCUGGAGGAGGCGCACUCGAGGCUCGCCAGGUUCCGAGAUCGCAAGCCGCCGCCAACUCGGUCGGAACCCAAGCCACCGACGCCGCCAAUCCAGAGGGAACACAAGCCAUCCCCGCCGCCGAUCCAGAGGGAUCUCAAGCCAUCGCCGCAGCCGCUAAUCCAGAAGGCUCCUUCGCCCGCGCCGCAGCCGUCGGCGAGGCCGCAGCUUGUCAUCCCUGGGACCAGCAACCGACCGACCCCGCGCCCUGAGCCCAUGCCUGGGUUGAAGAGGGCCGCCGCCCCGUCAUCGUCUUCAUCACCGGCGCCACCAGAGCGGUCAAGGAAAGAGGAGAAGAAGCCCAAGAUAAAGAUGGAACAGAAGGAGCAUCAGAACUUGAUUCCGAGUGUUGGGAAAUCAUCUGCGACUGUGCUUAGAUUUCAAGGCGGAAAUUUGGUCUCGAGCCAACACAGGAGGAAGCUUAGGUGUCUUGAGCUAUGCCCUGCUAAUGAUCAGCUUGUUGUUACCAGUGCGCUGGACGGAUUGGUUACUUUAUGGCAAGUGGAGACUAGAGGACCUUCUCUCUCAUUUCGUGGCAAAACGGAUUUCUUUUCCCCAAAGCAUAGAUGGCCUGAAGAUAUAGCUUGGCAUCCAGAUGGUGAGACAAUUUUUGCUGUAUACACUGCUGAUAAUGGUGAUUCUCAGGUUUCAAUGACAAACCUUAUAUCAGGACAAAGGAAAGUUACUUUCCUACCCGAGAAGCCUCACACAAAAGGCAUCAUAAACGACAUAAGUUUCAUGCCCUGGUCUGAUGUAUGCUUUGUAACUGGAGGAAGCGACCAUGGCGUUAUACUUUGGGAAGACAAAGAUGAUUUAUGGAAACCCAAGAGAGUGCAUAAGGAUUUCCAUUCAUCCGCUGUCAUGGGUGUUGCUGGAAUGCAACAGAAAAAAACAAUAUUAUCAGUAGGCUGUGACAAGAGGAUAAUAGGAUUUGAUCUCUCUGCUGGAAGGACAGAGUUCAAGAACCUAAUUGAUAGCAAAUGCAUGAGUGUGUUAGCAAACCCAUGCGAUUGCAACUUAUACAUGGUGCAGACAGGGGCUCCAGGUAGACAGCUGCGCUUGUUUGAUGUCAGGCUUAGGCAAUCUGAGGUUCAUGCAUUUGGUUGGAAACAAGAGAGCAGUGAGUCUCAGUCGGCUCUAAUUAACCAGUCAUGGUCUCCAGAUGGAUGGUACAUGUCGUCUGGUUCAGCAGAUCCUGUGAUCCACAUCUUCGACAUCAGGCAUCAUGGCCAGAAUCCUUGCCAGUCUGUUCAGGCACACCAGAAGCGGGUGUUCAAAGCUGUUUGGCACCGAACGUUGCCAUAUCUGACCUCCAUAUCAUCGGACCUCAACAUUGGGAUCCACAAAUAUUCAUGAAACGUUUUGGGCUGAUUUUGGCGCUUGGCAAAUUUUUUGUUGUGGAUUAGGAACCAUGAAGACCUGUGAAAUUUUCAGGACUUUGCAUCAAUCGAAGAUACAGCAAAUUCAGCAUGCUUUCGCUGGACCUGCUUCACCAUUGACUUUCUCUGUGGGAGAACCAUGCAGCUCAGCAGCUGAAGAGCCCCACGGUUGGAUGUUUGCGCGAGCUGACCCAAACUUUUCCACCUUUUGAGCUGCUGCUGGAGUGGUAUGGUAGGCCAUUCAUCCGAACACUGUUUGGCUCGAUGUGUUGCCCUGGUUAUUUCUGGGAAGGAAACAGUCAACUAUACACAUUAUAUCCAACAUAUUCAGCAAUGU